ACCAUUUGACUUAAUUUUUAUUUAAAUGGUCACCUUUUCCCAUUUAAAUAUUAUUUAAAUACGAUGAUAUACAGCUAUGUUCACGUUUUUCUAUCAGCUGAUUUGAAAGUAGCAGAAGAUAAAUAUAUUGUAAAAAAUGGAAUCUGAAGACGAAAGUGAUAUGGAGUGCGAAAUUUUAAUAAAUAAUUUUAUAAAUCGUCGUCCUCGUAUAAUGAGGGAACGACGUAAUUGUUUUACAUAUUAUGAUGAAGUCGACUUUCGGUAUAGGUUUCGUUUGACUAAACAAUCAGCUUGGAUGGUACUUGAACUGAUUAGGAACGAAAUUCGGCACAAAACUAACAAAAACGGUGCGAUCUCUCCCGAAGUAAUGCUUUUAUUAACACUGCGUUUCUUUGCAACUGGCUGCAUGCAAAGAACUGGCGGUGACCUGUGUGGCGUUUCAAAAAGUUCUUCCUGUCGCGCAAUAAGGAGAGUGUGUCACAACAUUGCAUUGUUAAGACAACGAUUUAUAAAAGUCCCCUUGGAAUUAGAAAUCCAAAGAGAAAUUCAGAGACAAUUUUAUAAAACGGCAAAGUUUCCACGCGUGCUAGCUGCCAUGGACUGCACACAUAUAAGAGUACUAUCUCCAGGUGGGGAUGAAGCGGAACUCUUCCGAAACCGAAAGAACUACUUUUCAAUUAAUGUGCAAACGCUUUGUGACAGCAAGCUGAACAUCAUGGACAUCGUAGCCCGUUGGCCAGGAUCGUCACAUGACGCAAUAAUACUUAAAAAUUCAAGAAUAUUUAGCCGAUUUGAAGCAGGGGAGUUCGGGAAUGCAAUAGUCGUUGCCGACAGUGGCUACCCUUGCAAUCGGUGGAUAAUGACACCUUUGUUAAAAGUACAAACUCCGGCUGAGGCGUUAUAUAACGAAUCGCAAAUCAGAACUCGUAAUUGUAUUGAACGUCAAUACGGUGUGUGGAAACGAAGAUUUCCAGUUCUUGCGCUGGGAAUACGAAUGAAUCUCAGGGAAGUGGAAUGUAUAAUCGUUGCAACCGCAGUUUUACAUAACAUUUGCAACUUAAACAACGAUUGUGUCGCACCAGCAGUCUACGAAAAUGAAAUAAAUAAUAUCAUCGAUGCAAUUGUUGAAGUACCCACAAUCUCAACUUCAGGUCGAAAUGACAAUUUAUAUAGAAACCAUAUAAUACAAAACUAUUUCGAAUGCUUGUAAAUUUCUUUUGAUUAUUAAAAAA